AUGCCUUUUUUCAAGAUCAGACUUGAAGGAAUUGACAUUGCAGCAAUUUAUGACUUUGGAUGGGAGAUUGUUCCACAAGGACAUGGACUUGUGACAAAUAAACCCUUUUUAAAGGGAGAUUUUCUCCUGGAAUAUCGUGGAAUAUUGUCCAUUGCUGAUGAUCAGGAUGAUGAGAAUGCGGAUUACGUUUUCCACUUCUCGCAUAAAAGUACCGAGUAUCGGAUUGAUGCAUCAGAUAGCAAUUCUUGCCUCGCUAGGUGGGUCAACGAUGAUCAUGUGCAUCCAAAUAGCAUCAUGAAAAAGGUUGCAUUUGAUAAUAAAUCCCCACAUUUGUGCUUGUUUGCUUUGGUGGACCUUAAAGAAGGUGUGGAACUAACAUACGACUAUGGAGUAAAGAAUUUACCUUGGCGGCAGCCCAGUCUGGAAAAGGAAAAGAACAUACCAUCUUGCAAAAUUCCAAAAACUACAGAAUGCGGCCGCUCGGGUAGUAUCCUUCUCCCGCACCCAAGCCUCUCGCCUCUCUUUUCACUGCAGAAGUUUGUGAAGACGAUAACAACCCUGAUGGAGAUAUUCAAGAAGAUGACACCCCUGAUGUAG